GAGUGAAUGGAAGGGCCGCCCGGCGAUUCUCUUCGGGCGGAGUGCUUUCAUCCGGUGAAACGGUCGAGAAGGGUGAAGGAACGCUCUCGCUGUCGAUCCUAGCUGGGGAUCGGCGAUUCCCGUGCUUGUUCCCGGUCUGAGCAUGCGGAGUCGAGUUUAGCGAAAACAUCUCUCAGAUCAGGUCCCCGGGUGCGGGUCUCUUUGACUGCGCCGACGACGGGCGGCUCUGAAUUUAGCGCACACGACUCCAGCGCUCAGCUGUUCUAAGAUAGUAUUCUUGUUUAUGGAGAGUAUGGGUCUCGACGAAACUUCAUCUCGAAGCCUGCACCCCGGCGACUGUCACGACCUAUGAGCAGAUUUGACCGCCCGACGAGAACACUCCAGAUACGCAAAUAGGCUUUCUAUUCAAAACCGAAGAGAGUAUCUCACGUGCGCCGAGACUCGACGCCCGCCUCAGGGUGUUGGAGAGGUCGUUUCGCGCAUUCGAAACUCAUUGACCGAACUACGAUCAGUGAAAUCGCGAGACUGUGAAAGAAACCCUCGCUCAGACUCUCAAAGGGAACUCUAGAGCCACCUGAAGAUGUUGGCCUCUGCGCUCCGCGUGUCCGCGCGCCGGCAAUCUUCAUUUGGAGCGAUGAAUGUUUUCGACAGAGAAGCCAAGAGAAGACAUCGGGACCGUUGGGCAACGGACCCUCAGGCUGAAAAGAGUGACUAUCUGAAAGAAGAAGUCGGCUAUCGGCUCGCAGACAGACUCUUCGACAUAAAGCGGAAGCUCAACACAGUCGUGGAACUUGGUUGCGGUAGAGGAUACAUCGCGCAGCAUCUCGACCAGGAAAUAGUGGAGAACUUAAUAAUGUGCGAUAUGUCUAGCAAGGUCCUGGACGUUGCGAGAGGGAACGAUAAAUUGAACAUCCGUAAGAUGAUGGUCGACGAAGAGCAACCUCUUCCGUUCGAGAAAGAUUCCAUCGAUGCGGUCGUAUCCAGCAUGAACUUGCACUGGGUCAAUAACUUGCCGGGUCUGUUCUGUAGCGUGUUCGACGUUCUCAAGCCCGACGGAGUCUUCACGGGUAGUCUCUUGGGCAGCGACACGCUCUACGAGCUGAGAGGAGCGAUUCAGACCGCCGAGAAUGAGCUCGAAGGCGGUUUUGGCAUCCACGUAUCUCCGUUCGUUCAGGCUUCUGACCUGGGCGGCCUGCUGCGAAGUGCGGGAUUCACCAUGCUGACACUGGAUUCAGACAUGAUCUGCGUGGGCUAUCCGAGCAUGAGAGAGCUCAUGGCCGAUCUGAAAUCGAUGGCAGAGAACAAUUGCGUUUUGAAUCGGAAAACGCAUUUCCAUCGUAAGACUCAGGAAUUAGCUGUCAAGAAAUACCAAGAGCUCUAUGGAGACGACAAGGGCAACAUCCGAGCAUCGUUCCAUAUCCUCUCUUUCAUCGGUUGGAAACCGCACGAGAGUCAACCUAAGCCAGCUAAACGCGGCAGUGCUACGAUGUCAUUGAAGGAUCUCCACAAGCUGCACGACAAACCAGCCGAAUGAGUCAUAUUUUAGGGAAAUGGAAUGACUUCGAUCUAAUAAACGAAGACUGUUCUU